AUGGAAGUUUGGUCGCAGCCGAAGCCCGCGCCGCUGGCCAGGCCCCUUGCAGGGCGAGCGGCGCCACAAGCCACAAUUUCUUCAAUUCAGGGGAUCGAUAGGCAAAGGGAGAGCGCCGAGAUUCGAAAUCGGCCCGUGGCCGAGAGAGACGGAAAUACCCUCAAGGUCGCCUGCUCCCAGAGGCUGGUGUCGCACACGUCGAGUGAGAGAGCCAGCGGCCGGGAGAACGGUGAUCACGAUCUUGUUCUGACCAUCCACGCCGACUCCACGUGCCACAACUCAUCAAAGGUCAAAACCAUGUGGCUCAAAACCGUCUUCACGUCAGGCCUGCUUCUGGCUGGGUCCGUCUCUGCGCAAAGCAAAGAGGGCGUCGAUCCUCUUGACGGUUCCGGCAGCGACCUUUAUGACAAGGAUCUCUCCAAAUGCAAAGGCUACAAAGUAACCAAGCACUGGGAGACGCGGUCCGGGUUCUACGCAGACCUCUCCCUCGCGGGCGAGCCCUGCAAUGUGUUCGGGACCGACCUGCCCAACUUGAAACUGCAAGUCGAAUACCAAACAAAUGACCGCCUGCACGUCAAGAUCCUCGACACCAACAACACGGUCUACCAAGUUCCCGACGAAGUCUUCCCGCGCCCGGGCUUCGGUCAGUGGUGCGCCGGGAAAGACUCCCAGCUGGUGUUUGACUUUGUCAAAGAUCCCUUCUCGUUUACCAUCACCAGACGAGACACCGGCGAGGUCCUCUUCGACACGAGCGGGACUGCUUUGGUAUUCGAGAGCCAAUAUGUCCGCCUUCAGACUCGUUUGCCGUCUAACCCCAACCUUUACGGUCUCGGCGAGCAUAGCGAUUCAUUCAAACUAAAUACUACCAACUACACGAGGACAAUCUACACCCGUGACUCCUACGGCGUUCCAUCGGGCGAGAACCUGUACGGAGCUCACCCGAUCUACUUCGAUCAUCGGGAAACCGGGACCCAUGGUGUCUUCUUGCUCAAUUCCAAUGGCAUGGACAUCUUGAUUGAUGAUGCAAACGGCGAGCAGUCCUUGGAAUACAACAUUCUGGGUGGCGUGCUUGAUUUCUACUUUGUAGCCGGGCCAUCUCCUCGCGAGGUAGCGGUCCAGUACGCAGAGAUCACCAAGCUUCCCCUCAUGAUACCGUACUGGGGUCUCGGUUUCCACCAAUGCCGAUACGGCUACCGGGAUGUGUACGAAGUCGCUGCCGUUGUUGCAAACUAUUCGUCGCAUGAUAUACCUCUGGAGACGAUGUGGACCGACAUCGACUACAUGGACCGCCGCCGCAUCUUCACAAUUGACCCGGAACGGUUCCCCGCUCACCUCUACAAGGACCUCGUCGACACACUCCACGCCCGAGACCAGCGCUACAUCGUCAUGGUGGACCCCGCCGUGUAUUACAAGGAGUCUAACCCUGCCCUCGACGCCGGACUGGUUCCAUCCCGCGUCUCAGCAGUACUGGACCGAGCAAUUUUGGGCUUCUUUGACGGCGUCAACGGUCCCGACAUUGAUGGCUUGUGGAUCGACAUGAACGAGCCGGCCAACUUCUACAACCGCCCUUACCCGGGCAACAACACCACGCCGGAGCACUUUGCCGAGGUUGACGGAGAUCCGCCCAAGCCCCCGCCCGUUCGGGACGGCCCGGACGCCCCAAUCCCCGGAUUCCCCGAUAGCUUGCAGCCCAAUUUCGCCGCGGGGGUCACCACCCGCCGGCACGAACCCGCCACGCACCAGCCUCGCGUGCGUCAGUCUCGCGGCCGGGGUCGCGUGGCGCUGGUCGCUGGCGCUCUGCCUCGUCUCGCUGGGGCAACGGCGGCCGUGGGCGGCCGGGAACCGGAUGGCAGCAUGGCGGAAAAACCGGCUCCGGCUAACGGUGCGGGCCCCACGCUUGCUGACAGCACUGCGGAUACGGAUGUGGUGCAGAGCGGCGGGUAUACGCAAUACGACACGCAUAACCUCUACGGCGCCAUGAUGUCGUCGCACUCUCAUAAUGCCAUGCGUGCGCGCCGUCCGGAUGACCGCGCGCUGGUGAUUACUAGGAGCACUUUUGCCGGCUCCGGUAAGGACGUUUCGCAUUGGCUCGGAGACAAUAUCUCUGGAUGGUCAUGGUAUCGAAACUCCAUCAGCCAGAUUCUUCAGUUCGCUUCUCUGUACCAGAUCCCUGUCGUGGGUCCUGAUGUGUGUGGUUUCGGCGGCAAUACUACCGAGAACCUGUGCGCUAGGUGGGUUACUCUGGGUUCAUUCUACACCUUCUUCCGCAACCACGCGGAGAUCUCUGCCAACUCGCAAGAAUUCUAUCGCUGGCCUACAGUAGCCAAGGCGGCGCGGAAUGGAAUCUCCAUCCGUUACCAGCUCCUCGACUACAUUUACACGGCCUUGUAUAAACAAAACCAGACUGGCACGCCUACACUCAACCCUCUCUUCUUCAACUACCCCAACGACCCCAACACGUACCCCAUCGACCUCCAGUUCUUUUACGGAGACGGCAUCUUAGUCAGCCCCGUUACUGAAGAGAACAGCACAAGCGUCGACUACUACCUCCCCGACGACAUCUUUUACGAGUGGGAAGCGGCAAGCCGGUGCGAGGACGGGGAGAAUAUUCCUCGGCCGAAAAAGCGCAAACACGACAACGGCUCUCCGCCAAAGGGCUUCAACGUCGUGGUCGCCCCUGGCUUGGACGGAAGCGCAAAGGGGGUGUUUAAGAUGACUGGCUCCUUUGAGCACGAUGCCGGCGUCAGCAUUGAAACUAUUACCGUGCUUGGUGUAGACUCUAAGCCCGACGUCAGCGAAGACGCCGAGUAUGACGAGGAGACGAAGAAGUUGGUGCUCCAUGUUGACGUGCCGCUGACCAAGGAAUAUACUCUGGUUAUCGGAUAA